UCUUUUAUAACUUCCCACCCAAAUGAAUAAAAAUUUUAAGAAGAUUAGCCAUCAUCAAGCAUAAAAAAAUACACCGAAAUACUUCUAAAAAGCUUCAAUAGAUGCUCCAGCAGAGAGCGACUCCACAUGACGUGACAAUUUUCGAAAAACCUAAUGUCUUCAAACUUGUAAUCUUAACGCAAACAAUCCCACAGGGAAAAUUGGCUGAAAAAACUUUGAUCAAAUUAUUACAAAGAAUGAGUUCAACUGCAAACUCAAAUAUUAUAGUUUAGCUUUAUGGCUUUGAGUUUGCACAAACAAAGACGGAUUUAAGAAAUAACAAAUGGUGUUAACCUUACAUCAUCAUAAACGUUCAACAUUGGUUUAGUUAUGGAUGUUUUGCGAAUAAAAUUAACUAUAAUUAUAAGUUUAUUAUUUCAAUUAAACAGAGCUGAAGAUAAAGAUGACUUCUACACAAAAUUAUCAAAAAAUGCUGGAACGUGCCAUAUUUAUAAUGGUGAGGAGUGCAACGAAUAUUUGUUUAACAAACAUGUGUAUGUGACCAAUGACGGAUCCAUAGCUUUGCUAGAAAAAAAACUCAAACGUUGGUUUCAACAGACACAAGAAGCAGCCAUAAUUAAUACAGAAUGUUGGGAACAUGCAAAGGCUUAUACUUGCUCUACGUGGUUUCCAGAAUGUAAUCCAAUAACUAACAAACCCACUCAGCGACCUCUUUGCUCAGAACACUGUGACUUUAUGCAGACACAUGUGUGCAAAGGCGAGUUUAAAAGAGUGCGCCACUCACCCUACUAUCAGCUUUUUUUGCCGCUUUGUGAAAAAGUUUCUUUAGUUGACGAUUCGGACGGUUCAAGUUGUUACUUUCUUCCAACAGUUGACUUACGGAAAGGUCCAAUACCUUUUGCCGAAACACAAAAACCCGUAAGGCGUGAAUUAGGAAAAUCCGUAACUCUAAAAUGUAAAUUUGGAAUUCGAAAUUUUGUAUGGAAUAAAGAAAACUCAGCAAUGAUAACAGAAGGAACAUGGUAUAGAGAUCGUCGAAGAGUUGUUGGGAACGAAAGGGUACAAAUGAAAACAAAGCAAAAAGGCGCAUCUCGGCUUUUUAUGAUGCUUAAAAUUAAGCACCUUAUUCAACGAGAUCAAGGACGUUAUACCUGCAUUAUUCGAUUUGGAAAUAUCACUGUCACAUCUGUAGCUAAUUUAAAGAUAAAUUAUUCAAAGGUUCCCAUAGUAAUACCACAUCCAGAAAAUGUAUCUCCGACUCCAGAUGUCUCUUCGGUAACAAAGAAUGAUGUUGGACAAUGUGUAUCGUACAAAGAAGGGAUUUGUGCAAGUUAUUUAAAUCAAGGAAAAACUUUUGUUGCUUUCGAAUCAAACGAUCAAUCGAUUGAAUCGUUGAAUGAGCGUUUAAAAUCUCUUAUAAUGAAACUUCGUCAAAAGUCUUUAAUUUCAAAAAAGUGUGAAGAAUAUAGCCUCGCUGUAAUUUGUUACAACAUGUUUUCACAGUGUCAUAAUGCUACAAAACCUGUUCCAACAUUAUGUAAACAAGACUGUAAUUCAUUCAAAAAGUUUCAUUGCAAAAGAGAGCUUGAAAUAAUAGCGGAAGAGGCGGCGUUUAUAUCAUUGUAUUUACCAGAUUGCGACACACUGCCUGAAAAAAAUCCAUAUUGCAUUCAAGCAUAUUUUACAAAAAAAAAUGGUCUUUCUUUUUCAGAAGACACAGGAAAGUCAUUGAGAAAGAAUGCUAUUCAUAAUCAAGUUCAAGAAAUGCGUUGUUACGAUGAGGAAUCUACGGAUAAUUACUUAGGAACUCUCUCAAUUACUGAGUCUGGAAAACUUUGCGAUAUAUGGAACAAAAAUUCCAAGUACGCUAAUAUCUCGCAUGAUUACUGCAGAAACUUUGGAGAGAGUCAACCAUGGUGCUUUGUUCAAAGUAAGAAACAUUAUUGCAGCAUAAAGCGAUGCAAAGCAGAAGAAUGGCUUGACCCAGUUUGUUAUAAAAGCAAAGAAGUGGGCUACUACGGUAAAGUUUCUAAAACAAAAUCAGGAAAAAAAUGCUUAGAAUGGAAUUCCAUUGCUUCUCUACGUUAUAGCAAUGUGGAACAUUCAUAUUGCCGAAUGUAUGAAGACAUGGAAGUACCUUGGUGUUAUAUUGAUCAACAUACUAAAGAAAUUUGUGACAUACCUCAAUGCACUGACACAGAUACCAAUACGUAUUCUAGCAUUGUUUAUAUUAUACCAAUAUUGGUGGGAAUUUCAGCUAUUAUAUUCUUUGCCAUUCUCGUUUUGUUUUAUUUACGCAAUAAAAAAAUUGUUCGUGAUCGUGGCGUUCUAGCGCAAAUUGCCGAAAAAGAACCGCAGAAUGGGACUUUAUCUUCAACCACUAGCUUUCUCGAUGAACAAAAAACUGCCAUUGAAAGCCCCAAUCCUGCUUCCUUUAAAAAAUCAUCGAUUUCAAAUACUGAUGGCAUAAAGAAAAGUAAGGCGGCAAUAGUAAAAGAAGGAAGCUUACAUAAAUGUAAAAAACUUGGCGAGGGAAGAUUUGGUCAAUUAUGGUAUGGGGAAUACGCUAUCCGUCGAAACAAUACAAUACCCGUACUUAUCAGACAGUUAGCUCCGGAAACUCGAUCAUGUAUUAUAAGUGAGUUUCGAAAAGAAAUGACGUUGCUACGAGAUUUAAAACACGAGCAUGUGCAAUCUGUUGUCUGUGUGUCGGCAAUGAGUGAGCUGCCGUUCAUGGCAUUUGAUUAUAAAAACCAAACAGACUUAAAAGAGUUCUUAAAACUUAAUAAACUGAUAGAUAUCUCGAUUAAAUCGAAUAUAAUAAACCAGCUCGCUUCUGGUGUCGAAUUUUUACAUUCUAAUAAAAUAGUUCAUAAAGACUUAGCAGCUCGUAAUUGCCUAAUAUCGACAGAUGAACUAGUUCAAAUAUCAAAUUCAGGACUAGGUAUUUAUCGAUAUCCUGACGAAUAUAAUAUUUUACCAGGCUUAGGCUUAGCACCAAUGCGAUGGCUUUCUCCAGAAACAUUACUUACAGGAACAUAUAAUGCAAACACCGAUGUAUAUAUGUUUGGUAUUCUUAUGUGGGAAAUAUUUUCUUUAGGGGAAAUUCCUUACGAAGAAUUUACUAACGAUCAUGUACUUUCAUUACUGUCGCAAGGGGGUAGUUUACUGAACCGUCCAAAAAACUGCCCAAACCACUUUUGGUCAGCAAUGACAAACUGUUGGACAACAUCUAAUAUUCAUUUUGAAACUAGCUAGAUGGGAUAGAGACUUGUUUUAACUUUUGAAAUAUAUAUAUUUUUUAAAGGCGAUUUUAAGCCACAAUUAAAAUAGCGAUUUUCUGCUGCAGUUUUUAAAAUAUAAAUAAAUUAUCUGUUUUUUCAGCAAAACAAAAACUAAAUAUUUAUGUAUAUGUAUAUAUAUAGGUACAAUUAUUUUUUAAGAAAAAUAUGAUUUAUCAA